AUGUACCAAAAACAGGAGAAGAACCAGACGGCCCAAGAGUUUUUCAUGAAAUUCGAGGAACUCAGAAGGAGAGCGGGCUAUGACAUCAGAAGGAAUGAACUGUUCAUAAUAACGCUCAUUAGGAACAACAUCAACGGGCCGUUGAUAAAGCAGAUAAUAUACAGCGGCAACAUUCCUAGGACGUACGUAGAAUGGAAGACAAGGAUUAUCACAAAUGAUCAAUUGUGGAGGGACCAGAUGGAGAAUGAGCAGAUGCUCAAAGGAAUGAUCGGCGGCAGCUCUGGUUCUGGAAACCGGGGACCUAAUGGUUGUUACCAAGGAGGAGGUGCUUCGGAGAAGAAGGCCGAGACAGUGGAAGUAAAGAAAGAUGGCACAGGCACGGUCUACGGACAAGCCGGAAUGCCAAUGGAAGUAGACAAAGCAAAGUAUCGGGCAGAAGGCAGAUGCUUCAAGUGCGGAGAAAAAGGGCAUAGAGCCCAAGACCACAAAGAAGAAGGCAGCGCAGCCGCAAAACCAAAGUUCAAUCUUCGAGCAAUGCUUGAAGGGAUGAACAAAGAAGAGCAGGAUGAACUACUCAAGGGUUUUUAA